CUCUCUCUCUCUCUCUCUCUCUCUCUAGAUAAUAGAUUGUUCAAAUACUAUGCAGACCCUUCGCUCGCCUCUAACCAUGCCUUGGAAAGCUCCUUUAGCUACCAGACACUACCUCGCUUCGGGUUGCAGAGUAACUGGUUCCCGCCAGUUAACCUCACUGUGUCGGACUCCCGUACGGUGGCAAACGAGGCACUCCCCUUCGCUGCGGGGAUACUCCACGGAAUCUUCGCAAACUCCAACAAAAAGAAGCACCCAACUAGGAGUUGCGGCAGCAGUUGCCAUCUCUAUAGGCCUGGGCCUCAUAGUUUAUAAACGACCUGCAAAGGUUGCUCACGCCGACUCCAAAGGGGAUUAUCCCGUUCACAUCAAGAAUAUAGUAGAUGCCUCUGAACCUGUUGGAAAAUCCCUAAAUCUAUCGAACCUCCCUGUAGAGGAAGCACAACUCAUCAGCGCCCCAAAUGUCCCCCCGCCCAUCACUCGAGAUCACCCUGUCCUCCUCAAAGUACCGCUGACAACCACGACGAAGAUAAAGCAGCUCACUAGCACCUACAAGUAUGAGCAGUGGACCUUCAACAACCAAGUGCCGGGCCCGUUUAUCCGGGCGCGGGUUGGGGACGUCAUCGAGCUCUCCUUGACAAAUACCGAUGUGACAGGCAACCCUCACAACAUCGACUGUCACGCAUUUACAGGCCCUGGAGGAGGAGCGGCGCUGACAACUGCUGAAGAGAACCAAAGCAAGACGGGCAGAUUCAAACUACUAUACCCAGGGCUAUUUAUCUACCACUGCGCCGCAGCCCCCGUGCCCGUUCACAUUGCCAACGGAAUGUACGGCCUCAUCUACGUACAGCCGGAAGAGGACCCUCUCCCCAAGGUUGAUAAAGAAUACUACGUGAUGCAGAGCGAGUUCUACCACGAACCACCCGAAAUCGAGGAGAAUGGGAAGCGUUCCUCCCUGGUGGAGUUCUCAUACCCCAACGCCCUCCGCGAAGACCCGGACGUGAUCGUUUUCAACGGCAGUGAGACGGCUCUCACCAUGGACCACCCCCUUAAAGCCACGGCGGGUGAAACCAUCCGGGUUUUCUUUGGCAACGCAGGCCCGAACCUGACUAGCUCUCCGCACAUCAUCGGCAGCACGUUCCAUAAACUCUACCGUGACGGGGACGUCCUGACCCCCCCCGCGCAGAACGUGCAGACGACCACCGUACCUCCCGGCGGAGCGACUAUUUUUGACAUGAACACGGUUGUACCGGGGACAUACACGCUGGUGGACCACGCUAUAUUCCGGCUGGAUAAGGGCUGUGUGGGAUUCAUAAACGUGACGGGGAAGCCGAGGCCGGACAUAUAUCAGAGCAACGAGCAUGCGGAACCGUGCGUUGGAUGUAAACUACAUCCGUGAAAUGAUGAAUAUUUUUUCCUUUUGACUUUUUGACUUUUUAGCUUCUUUUUUGCCUAGUUAGUUAUUUAUUCCUGCAUUUCGAUACGUGUGUCUCUUUUAUUCCCCCCUACUUCUCUCCAAAUUAUCAAGAGGCGUUCUCAUGAAUAUCAUUAUUACCACACAACUUUUUGGUUCAAUUGUCUAAAUAAACGGGUAUGCAAUGUGUGGAUGGAGGUUAGGUUCGAUGCCCCAUGUUUCUUGGUCUGUGGGUCCUACGCGUAUAUAAUCCAGGGUUUGGCUAUUAAGACCUGCGAGAAUCCACGCUCCCGCAGCAUCAUCUCGAUUUAUUCUCCACGUUAUUGCCCAGGGUUUGUCACUAUAGAUAGGCACUUUGUAAUGUACAUGUACAGUACAUAAAUAAAUACAAAACUUAUCACAGACCAACAUCAAGUGUCAUAUCUUCUCUCUGAUCUUUAAAAUACCUGUUUUCAAUUGUGGAGUUCGAGCCCAUUAUUUAAGAGCGGGCAAUGUUGUGCUUAUUAUUAUUUAAUCUCCAGCGGGUGUCUCGCCAAUCCCUUACCGGCGAAUUAGUGAAGGCACGCCCGUAGCGUAUUAAAUAUUAGUUAUAGCACAGCCCGCCCAGCCUCGACGUCAGCCGUUGUUUUUUAGGCUUGCGACGGGCAUCAACACAAAAAAAACAACCACAUCGUGUCGUCCACACCUAGGCCAUCCAUUCCCCCUAUUUCGAUCGUUUUCUCUUCAAUUAAUCCACCCCUUCACACGCAGUCCUUUUACUCUUUUGCCCUGCAUGGAGAAUAGUCUGGCGAACCUAGUCUGCAAGGUCAAACUCCGUCCAUCACUCGGCCCUGGGAAGGGAAACUACAACCAAAUCAACUGAGCGCAACAAAGCCUAAGAAGAAGAAGAAGAGGGAG